AUGUCGGUCGUCAGUCAUGUUGUGAGCAGCCUUACGGGCUCCCACCACGAGUAUGACCUCGUCGUAGUGGGGAGUGGAUUUGCAGGUUCCAUGACCACAUUGAACUUCCUCGAGGAAUGUAAAAAGAUUGGUAAAAGGGGGAAAGUUGCAUUGAUCGAGGCUGGUAAAGAAGGAGAGCGAUGUGGUGCAAGCAGGUGGACAAUGGCAUACCUUCGACUGGACAAAGAUAACAAGUUUGACACGGAUUGGAAGCAUGAAAUGAAGCGCGUCAGCGAGGGGUUGGCUGAUCAGGAAUACUGCGCAAAAAUGGAGCAAGAAGUUCCAAUAACUGCUCAAUAUCUACUCGACCACGGAGUCAAACUCAACCAUCACGACGAGAAGAAUGUCCUACUCGAAUUCAAUACCAACCAGCACUUCGUGUUUCCAGAGGGUGGUGGGCAUGCAAUUAUCAAUGCCCUGUUCGACCAUAUCCGUAAAUUCGACAAUGUGACGAUAAUGUGGCAGACGCAAGCAGAGCAGCUGCUGACCCACGAUGAUGGGAGUGUCUGUGGCGUCAGAGUUCGGAAGGCGGACGGACACAUGACGAAGGUCCACGGCAAGAAAGUCAUGUUGGCAUGCGGUGGGUUCGAAGGUAAUCGUGAAAUGUUGGGCAAGUAUGUUGGACCGAGGACAGAGCACCUUGAGCUCAUUGCACCUGGCCUCAAGUACAAUACCGGGUUCGGCCUGAAGAUGGGAUUGGAAGUUGGUGCUGCUGUUGCGGGUUCAAUGAGUGGCAUGCAUGCAAGCUGUGAACUCGUCGACACCAGAGCCAAGAAGCCUGAUGCUGUGAUCUGGGGCCACAAUUACGGUAUUGUUGUGAAUGAGCAUUGCAAGCGUUUUUAUGAUGAGGGCAAACGACACCUCUUUGCGACGUUCGAAAUGAUUGCCCUUGAGACUUGGCGAGACCAGAAUCAGAAAUCAUACUUUGUCACCGACAGUGCCAUCAUGGACCGUUUCCGACCAGGCUGGGUGUAUGAUACCACUGACCAGGAGCCAGAGAAGAGCGACACCAUUGAGGGCUUGGCUGAAAAGCUGGGACUUGAUCCGAAAGAAUUGAAGAAGACUGUGGAUGAGUAUAACGCGGCCAUCAACGAUAAGGAGUUCAACCUGUUGGCGCUUGACGGCAAGAGGACACACGGAUUGUCGCCCGACAAGACCAACUGGGCUAACCCAAUCAAUAAGCCCCCUUAUUACGGGUAUCCAAUGAAAGCACAACUUACCUUCACUUAUGGUGGACUCAAGUGCGAUCUUGAUUCGAGGGUGCUUGCCACAACAGGAGUUCCUAUUCCAGGACUGUACUGUGCUGGAGAGUUGAGCGGUUUGUUCUAUAACGAGUGUAAGUCCAUUCCUGUUCCUUCGCCCCAGACCUCAAAGCUGAAUACCAUGCUAGAUCCGCCCGCAACAAGCGUGCUCCGCUCUCUCACUUUUGGUCGCCUUGCUGGGCGCGACGCUGCUCACGCUCUCUGA